UAUUGCGGAUGGCAGAAGGAAGCAAGGCUGGGGAAUCUGUCAGUUGUUGUCCUAUGUUGUCAUCGCUGACUGUCAGGCUUCUUCCGGGAACUCGAGGGACAGAGAAGGCGAAGCAUAGGGUUCUUGUUCCUAACCUGGCGCUUACCGUAAUUAGGGAACUAAACUAAAAUGGAUUCUGUCGUAGCUGAUAUUGAUGAACGAAAUGGCUGGGACAGAUUAUUCAGAGAAAUAAAGUUAACUACGGCUGGAUACGAUCUCUCGUAUAAAACUGCCAGAUUACCAGAAAAUAGGACUAGAAAUAGAUAUCGUGAUGUUAGUCCUUUUGACCAUAGUCGUGUAAAACUGAUCGAGGGUGAAAACGACUAUAUCAAUGCUUCAUUAAUUGAGGUUCCUGAUGCAAAUCGGAAAUAUAUUCUGGCACAAGGGCCGUUAAAUCACACAGCAGGCCAUUUUUGGCAAACUGUAUGGGAGCAAAAUUCUGCGGCUGUCAUUAUGUUGAAUCGCAUAAUAGAGAAAGGAACGAUCAAAUGCAGCCAAUAUUUUCCUUUGGAUGAAGAUCCCAUGCAAUUUACUGAUGUGGGGUUGACUGUGUCCAUAACACGGCAACAGGUCAAUCCAAAUUAUACAGUACGAUACCUCAAUUUACAAAAGGAUGAUACCGGUGAAAUAAAAGCAAUUUAUCAGUUUCACUACACAGCAUGGCCUGAUUUUGGAGUCCCUGAGUCACCUGCAGCAUUUUUGGAUUUCCUCAAUUGCGUAAAGGACAGUGGGGUACUUGAACCAAACGUUGGUCCACCUGUAAUCCAUUGUAGUGCUGGAAUAGGCAGAUCAGGCACUUUUGCUUUAGUGGACUCCUGUUUGGUAUUUAUUGAGCGUGAUAUACCAUUCGAUGUUAAAGAAACACUUCUAGAGAUGAGGAAAUAUCGAAUGGGUCUGAUUCAAACUGCACAACAGCUUCGCUUCAGUUAUUUGGCGAUAGCUGAAGGUGCAAGGGCCAUGCGUGACCCUGGUGGACAAGAAAGUACAGAGCCAUCAACAGAGUCUGAACCGGAAUCCCCAUAUGAAUCUAGCGACGAUGAAGAGCAUAACGACACUGGAAAUGGAGAUGGUGAUGUUGAAAAGGAACCAGAAGACCAAGUGGACCAGGAUAAAAAUAGAAAGAGACCAGCUGAAAACGACUUUGAAAAACAUGGAGACGAGAAACGUGGAAAACAGGAGGAUAUAGAGUCACCCACAGACAAUCAUAUCGGAAAUACAACUAAUGUAGCACAAGUGGAGGAACUUCAGAGGGUUGAGGAAGCAAACAACAAUGCAGCAAACCUUAGGAAAAGAAAUAUUUCGGAAAGAAAGGAAGCAUUAUCAAAUCAUGUUAAUGACAUUAAAAAGAAAAUGCAGGAAUCUGAGAAAGGCAAUACUUAUUCAUCAUGGUUGCCUUAUAUUGUUGGUGGCACCGUGUUACUUACAGUCUGUACUGUGACUUUUUAUGCCUUUUAUCGUUGAUAGCUGUAUUUCUCAUUAAACAACACCAUGAUAGUACUUGCCACUAAGACCGACAUGGUGCUUUAUGCAUAGCCGGCAUGUGCAAGCGGAUAGGAAAAGUCGGUCACCGCUCUUUUACAAUCUCAUGUGGUACGAAUAGUAAAUAAAGUAAUAAAAAUUUAGCAAGGUUCAAGUUAAUACUACUUGUUAAAAAUAUUUUAAAAGACCUUGAAUAAAGGUAGACGCUGCGGUACAUAUACUUACUGUUGGUUUAUUAUAUUGGUGUAAGACUCAUAAGGCCUCAAACUAUGCUGUUCAGUAAUCAUUUUUAAUGCCGAAUCAUACAGUUUUGUACUUGGCUGUGAUGCCACUCCUCUACAUUGUGUUACUUGAAAAUAGUGGUAAACUUUCAGAUGUCAAAAUUAAUUUAGGAAAAACCUCGCAGCCUGAGUAUGUCCAAUUUCUUACAAUCAACGUUCAUAUUGAUGAUUACUAUAAUCAACCCCAUACAGUCUUUCUGGCUACUCAUAUAAUUGAAGUCCACAAGUGCGAAUGCUGUAGACUUUGUAUCAUUCAUGACUUAUAGCGCAGUCGAUGAACAACGAAUAGGGUAAUAUUGUACUAGUUUAGACACUUGCCAAGGGCUCAUGCUUUGUGUUAAUUAAAUGUUAUUGGGCACUAUGAAAUAAAUAGUAGCUGCGGUUGGCAGUUUGCAAUGUUUUCUUUUAUUGCUUAUUACAGUAUAAUAUUUAAAUUAUCCUAGAAAAUUUGUUUUUAGUUUUACUUUUGUUAUUUUAUACCUUUAUGACUAGAUACUUAAGUAAUUUUUACAUCACAUACCUUGUACUCAUCGAGACCCAUAUUGACCAGAUUCAUAUCUCUGUUGGUCUUUAUCACUUCAGUCAACCUGUUAAAAAAUGGAUCAUUGUUUUUCCUGUGUAAUACGAAUCGGAAGUGAAUAUCUUCGAUUUUGGUUUAUAAUUUUUAUUACUGGAUAUUUUGAUGAAAGAAGGCCUAGGAAGAUAUUUACCUGUCAUAUUGGGAGUUAUAUAACAGAAAAAAAAACUCCAGUAUGGAAAAACUGUUAGAAGUGUAAGUUCGCUCCAUCCAUUGUAAGAUAGUAUGGUUAGUGAGCUGAAAUGUCAUCCCUAAUUGCCAUUUUGAAUAUAACGAAUUUCUUCAAUAAUAUCAACAGUUGGGAAUAAGACUGGACUUUUUCGUUUUUAUGGUUGUGUUUUGUUAAUGUUAUUAUCAUCAAUCCCCUUUAGGUUGAAUUGUUUUAAUUCAAAACGUUCUAUUUCUGCCAUCAUAUUAUUAACAAAUUCCAUUUUUUCUUCAUAUAAUGAAACUGAAAUAAAAUCUACUAAUAAAA